AUGGGCAGUUCUUCUGACAGUUCUAGUAGUUCCAGCAGCGAGGAGAAAACAUCUAGAUCUAAAAGUUCUAGAUCUAAAAGUUCAAGGUCUAAAAGUUCAAGGUCUAAAAGUUCUAGAUCUAAAAGUUCUAGAUCUAAAAGUUCAAGGUCUAAAAGCUCCCGGACAAAGACCGAAAAGACAAGCGCAGAAGAAUCUUCGAGCAACAGCAGCAGCAGUAGUAGUAGUAGUAGCUCCAGCAGCAGCAGUAGUAGUAGCUCGAGCAGUAGUAGAACAAGUGCUCCCGCAACAUCGACUGCACCGUGUCUUGUGGACCAGGAAACUCAAGUAACACCAAAACCCUCAACUACACCGCCUCCAAAACCCUCAACUCCACCACCUCCGAAACCAACUCCACCGCCUCCAAAGCCGGUUACACCGCCUCCAGUGAAACCAAGGACCCCUACACCACCUCCCCCAAAAACCCGGACCCCCACACCGCCUCCCCCUAAACCAGCUAGCCCUCCCCCUAAACCAGCUACUCCCCCUCCUAAACCAGCUAGCCCUCCCCCUAAACCAGCUAGCCCUCCCCCUAAACCAGCUAGCCCUCCCCCUAAACCAGCUACUCCUCCCCCUAAACCAGCUACUCCUCCCCCUAAACCAGCUAGCCCUCCCCCUAAACCAGCUAGCCCUCCCCCUAAACCAGCUACUCCUCCCCCUAAACCAGCUACUCCCCCUCCUACUCCCCCUCCUACUCCCCCUCCCCCUCCUCCUAAAAUGAGUACUCCUUCACCAGAGCCCCCUUCCCCCGCUAGGUCCCCAUUCUCACUGGAGAAUCUGCCGGUUAUUGAGAAUCUACCUCCUCUUGAGCUGCCAUCUGUUGUUCACGUGAGUUAA